CGAUGCUCAGAGGGCACCUGGUCAGAGACUCUUCUCCUCUUCUUCUGUGAUCAUGGAGCAGAAGUACCGUACCGAGCGCGAUACCUUCGGCGACCUGCAAGUCCCAGCCGACCGUUACUGGGGUGCGCAGACCCAGCGGUCUCUGCAGAACUUCGACAUUGGUGGCCCUACGGAACGCCUUCCCCCUCCUCUGAUUCAGGCCUUCGGUGUGUUGAAGAAGGCCGCCUCUAUCGUCAACGUUGGCUACGGCCUGGACCCCAAGAUCGGUGAGGCUAUUCAAAAAGCUUCCGACGAUGUCAUCUCCGGCAAGCUCAUAGAACACUUCCCUCUCGUCGUCUUCCAGACUGGAAGUGGCACUCAGAGUAACAUGAAUGCCAAUGAGGUCAUCUCCAACCGAGCCAUCGAAAUCCUCGGCGGUGAGCUCGGCUCGAAGAAGCCCGUUCAUCCGAAUGACCACGUCAACAUGAGCCAAAGCUCUAACGACACCUUCCCUACGGCUAUGCACGUCGCUGCCGUGACAGAGAUUCGCCGUUCCCUGAUUCCUGCUCUCACUGAGCUGAGAGACGUGCUCGACAAGAAGGCGAAGGAGUUCGACCACAUCAUCAAGAUCGGUCGCACUCAUCUUCAGGAUGCUACUCCUCUCACUUUAGGCCAAGAGUUCAGCGGCUAUGUUCAGCAGGUCUCAAACGGCAUUGACCGCGUCGAGGCCGUUCUGCCCCGUCUUAGCCUCUUGGCUCAGGGUGGUACCGCAGUUGGGACUGGCCUUAACACCAGGAAGGGCUUUGAUGUCAAGGUUGCUGCUGAAGUCUCGAAACUCACUGCCAUUGAGUUCAAGACUGCUCCCAACAAGUUUGAGGCCCUGGCCGCCCACGAUGCCCUUGUAGAGGCGCAUGGUGCCCUCAACGUCGUUGCUUGCUCUCUGAUGAAGAUUGCCAACGACAUUCGCUACCUCGGCUCCGGCCCGCGCUGUGGCCUUGGUGAGCUCAGUCUCCCCGAGAACGAGCCUGGUAGUAGUAUCAUGCCCGGCAAGGUCAACCCCACACAGUGUGAGGCUUUGACCAUGGUUGCGGCGCAGGUUAUAGGCAAUCAGACUACUGUCAGCGUUGCGGGUGCUAGCGGCCAAUUCGAGCUGAACGUCUUCAAACCCGUUAUCAUCAAGAACGUUCUCCAGAGCAUUCGGCUUUUGGCUGAUGGUUCCCGCUCGUUCACCAAAAAUUGCGUUGUUGGCAUUCAGGCGAACGAGAAGCGCAUUAACCAGCUACUCAACGAGUCGCUAAUGCUAGCAACUAUUCUCAACAGCCACUUGGGCUACGACAAUGUUGCCAAGUGCGCGAAGCAAGCACAUAAGGAGGGCACGACGCUUAAGGAGGCUACGGUUGCGCUUGGCUUCCUCACUCCUGAGGAGUUCGACCAAAAAGUCCGCCCUGAACUGAUGCUUCACCCUGAUGAGGCGUAGAUUGGCUAUUUCGUAAAUACGUAGAUAAUGGGCUCAUAUCGCACCAGAAUUGCUAUGGUAAUAAC